CGCGUGCGGAAGGCAGGGGCCAGGAAGUGCAGCGAGGGUGCCGGCGCCGCGCGGGGGACGGAGCCUUCCUUAUUUAUGUGUCUGCCGGCGUUCGCCUUCGCCGCCCGAGGACUUCAGGGAGCGUCUCGGAGCUGCGUUCCCCGCGUGUGAGGCACGGACGGGCUGGAUGUCCGAGCAACAUGACUAUCCAUUAGCCUCCAAACUUUCCUUUUUUUAACCCAAAGAAUAUCGGUGGUUUUUGUCCACUGCUAGCAGAAGAAGAUAGAACCCAGGGCUCUGGAAAUGCAAAGAAAUCCUUAUUUAUAAGCAGGCCCGAGGUAGUGAUAUGCAAACCCCCUCUCCUCAGUGAGUUUUUCUAUCCUAUGGAUACGGGUCUGGAGAUUUGAGAUUGGAGAGCAGUGCUGUCUGCCCUGGGUCCCAUAAGCUCCAUCCUUUCAAUGCCCAGUUUUCUCUGGGACUGCUGGCCUUCCCUGGAGAUCAGAGCGCUGCUUUGUGCCAUGGGCUGUAUCCAGAGCAUCGGAGGCAAAGCCAGAGUUUUCAGGGAAGGCAUCACCGUGAUCGACGUGAAGGCCUCUAUUGACCCCAUCCCCACCAGCAUCGAUGAGUCCUCCAGCGUGGUGCUCCGCUACCGGACACCCCACUUCCGUGCCUCGGCCCAGGUGGUCAUGCCACCCAUCCCCAAGAAAGAGACCUGGAUCGUGGGCUGGAUCCAGGCAUGCAGCCACAUGGAGUUCUACAAUCAGUACGGGGAACAGGGCAUGUCCAGCUGGGAGCUCCCGGACCUCCAGGAGGGCAAGAUCGAGGCCAUCAGCGACUCAGACGGAGUGAACUACCCCUGGUACGGCAACACCACGGAGACGUGCACCAUCGUGGGCCCCACCAAGAGAGACUCCAAGUUCAUCAUCAGUAUGAACGACAACUUCUACCCCAGCGUCACGUGGGCCGUGCCCGUCAGUGAGAGCAACGUGGCCAAACUGACCAACAUCUACCGGGACCAGAGCUUCACCACGUGGCUGGUGGCCACCAAUACCUCGACCAAUGACAUGAUCAUUUUGCAGACGCUGCACUGGCGGAUGCAGCUGAGCAUCGAGGUGAACCCCAACCGGCCGCUGGGCCAGCGCGCCAGGCUGCGGGAGCCCAUCGCCCAGGACCAGCCCAAGAUCCUGAGCAAGAAUGAGCCAAUACCGCCCAGCGCCCUGGUCAAGCCCAAUGCCAACGACGCUCAGGUCCUCAUGUGGCGGCCCAAGUACGGGCAGCCCCUCGUGGUGAUCCCGCCCAAACACCGGUAACGGCCAGGGCACCCCGCUAGGCUAGACUCGAAUAAUAACACUGCUCCAACCCACACCCACAUAGACUCUCAGUCAUUCAGCAAAAUACAACCACUCUACCUUCUCGAGCGGGCGGAUCUCACUGUGCAAAUGCCCCGGGGUGGCCUCCCCCAGCCCCCUUGGCACCUGCUUCCUUUCGGGGAGGGGGAGGCCCGGCAGGGACGCCUGGCGCCCACGUGCCCCUUCACCUUGGACCUCCUUCCCUGGCAAUUUCAGUCAUUCACUUGCAAGCCUCCCCGAAACAACAGCUUUUUCAGUUC